UGCAGAGGAAUGUGUCAGGGCCAAAGCAGCAAGGAGAAGGAGAAGCUGUUGGAGAAGGAGAAGCUGUUGGAGGAGAAGCUGUUGGAGGAGAAGCUGUUGGAGAAGGAGAAGCUGUUGGAGAAGGAGAAGCUGUUGGAGAAGGAGAAGCUGUUGGAGGAGUCUCUCUGUUCUUCUGGCCAAGCUGCACCCAGCCGCAUCCACCCACCCCACUGCCCCUGCCUCCCACUUCUUUCCCCUCCAGGCGCGGCUGCCCAGAAGAGAGGCGCCCCGCGGUGGGGUCAGGAACAGAGUGUCUUUCAGGCAGGGCUGGGCUGGGCGUGGCGGGUGAGGCCCUGCUGGAACACAGAGGCAGGCGCACGGGUCCAUGCUGGAACCCCAGAGCCCACAGCGGGAGCUGGAGUCCGGGGAGCAAAACCUUUUGUGCCUUUCAGCUCGGCCUGUGUUCCUGACUCUGAAGCUCAGAGGCAGGAUGAACCCUUGUGGUCAGAACCUCCAGCGGACUUGAGUCUAUUCAAAAAGCCAGGCUUGAGCACCAGGGGGCAGCGCCAUGCCUGGCGCCAAGGAUGCGCCAGUGGGCUGGAUCUUGGCUUAGCUCCCUCCCGGCUUGGUGACCUCCCACAGGGGACUUCUGAACAUUGGAGGCUCCGUCGCCUCUUCUCAUCCUACCUUGACUCCCUGGAUGGGCUUGUCUGCUUACAAAGCAGCAAACACCGUUUCCAUGGCGUCGGCUCUGGAGGUGGCACGGAGAAACUGGUAGGAGGCUAUAGUGAGUUGAAUGGUGCCCCCUGCAAAGGUAUGUCCAUAUCCCAAUCCCUGGAACCUGUGAAUGGAACCUUAUUGGAAAAACCAUCUUGCCAAUCCAAUUAAGUUAAGGAUCUUGUGAUGAGAUCAUCCUUAUUGUCAGGGUGAAACCUAAAGCCAGUGACGAAUGUCUUUAUAAGAGACACACAGAGAAGACAGAUACAAAGAGAAGAGGGUUGUGUGAAGAUGGAGACAGAGAUUGCAGCGAUGCGGCUACAAGCCGAGAAAUGCCAAGGAUCGCUGGCAGCCACCAGGAGCUGGCAGAGAGGCAUGGAAUGAAUUCCCAGAGCUUCCCGCAGGAGCCUGGCCCUGCCGACACCUCGGUUUUGGACUUCCAGCCUCCAGAACUAUGAUAGAAUAAAUUUCUGUU